AUGGCCCCUGCUCCACCAAGCUCUACGCUCCAAGUCUCGAACUUUUCACCUGCAGAGUUAUCCUACUUACACACCUCGCUCUCAUACCCCAAAACCCCAAUUCGACCAGAUGGCCGCUCAGCAACACAGUUCCGGCCGUUAACAGCGGAGACAAAUAUCGUACCAAAUGCGAAUGGCAGCGCGCGCAUAGGAUUUGCCGAUGGAACACAAGCAAUAGUGGGAGUGAAAGCGGAGGUAGAGAAGACGGUGUUUGUGAAUACAUUGGAGCAGAGCGCUGCGCAGGAACACGAGGGCGAAGAUGAAGAUGAAGAGUCAAAUAGAGGGAAAACAAAAGUGUCUGGCUCCGGCUCAUGGGUUGAGAUGUCCAUUGAGAUUCCAGGCUUGAGAGACGACGACCCGUUACCUGUUUUUUUGGCGGAGAUGAUGAGGGAGGGGCUGAUACAGUCUGGUUCUGGAUCGUUAGCCGAAACAGGUGGUUUAAAAGAGAGGUUGGUUAUUAACCAGGGCUGGCAUUGGAGGAUCUAUGUUGAUAUAUUACUUCUUUCCCCACCGCUAUCAUAUCCUCUACCGUUGCUAUCUCUAACAACACAUCUUGCACUACUAUCUACCAAGCUUCCGCGACUAAUAUCAAAAGAUGAAGAAGAUCCGAUGUUUGACGACGAUUGGGACGCAGCCGAAUAUUUAUACCCUCGCAAACUAUCCAAUAACUUUCCUGCACAGCACAUAUUCCGCCCUCCAAUAUCACUUCUUGUUAUUUCUGUUGGGCAAAACGUGAUAUUCGAUCCAAGCAGAGAAGAAAUUGCUGUGGCUGACUCUGUCUUCUGCGUAUCGGUUGCUCGAGACGAGAACAAGGAGAAAUCAGGGCCUGGUGGAUUGAAACUACUUGCUAUUCGGACUAUUGAUCCACCAGCCCGUAUGACCCAUCCUGGAGUGCCGGACGCCAUUAAUGCAGCUACUAUAGGGCUCACUACUGCUGACAGUAGUAACCUUUCCGCUAGCACUGAGAGUGAGGGAGUCUGGACUCCUCGCCGCGGUGGAGUUAAGAGGGACGUUGUUUCAAGGAUUGUCAGGUUGGUUCUUCAGCCUGGUGGCGUAGGUGACGAAGUGAUGGAGGGCCUGGAGAUGGUGGAAGUCGACUGA